UUCCAUAUUCCAGGCGAAUUUAGAAGGUCUACAGAAACUCGAUGUUCCUUGUUCGAUUGGACAUUGCAUGCCAAAGGUCGCACAAUCCUGUAACAAUAGUAAUAGUAGACCAACUAGGGUGCAUGGCACUAAUAUCUUCAGAACACAACGAUAACCUCUGAGGUGUGAUUCUUUAAUCGUGUAUUGGGGUGCAGAAGGUACUGGUGUAGCUCAAACUUACCGCGCGGUUUUCAAAAGAGGCACGCGCCACACUCUACCAAAUCAUUCAUGUGAUACCGUCGCGCUAUACCAACAACGCAGUCUGACGUGCUUCUACAGCAGCCAAGCGGCCGGAAUAAUCACUUAGGGCUCAUGGAACGGCGAGACGGAACUGUCCGUUUGCUAUUCAUGCUCCUCCAUUAUGACUGAGCUUAUGAUGGAUUGAAUUUCUCGAAUGCCUGUCUAUAGCAAAUAAAGCCAUCAGGCCUAAUUUGAGGUGAUCAUGAUUUCUACCAUACACAGAAUACGAUCCCGUAGGGUGGGGUCGCUUCGGAAGGCCCAUAUCGGGCCGCUGGUGUACCGCUAGAUCUAACCCAAUUGAAGACACCGGGUCGACUUGUGAAAUCCCGGCUUCUAAACAUAGGUCGUAUUAUGGUACGCUAGCCUCCCGUUAUGCGGCCUCAUGCUUAAGCCUUCAACGCAGUUCUUCGGUCGUGGUCCCCUCAACUCCAUGCUGAGUCUCUAACAAUAGUAACCAAUCACGCAAUUACUAUCAAGUAAUCGUCUUCAUCAGAGUAGGUUCACUUAGCAAAGGAAUUGGAGUGCAGUCGAACCGCUCCGCUUCUACAUGGAAAAAGUCAGAUCAAACAUCUUGUGAUCAGUUCUAUUAUGCAACAGGCGGUGAUAUAGUUCAGACUCGAGCAAUCCAGAUUCUUUGAACACAUUAGUGUGUUGUACGCAAAUUCACUGGCGAAAGUGGCAAUAUUUUAACCUAAUGUUGCGAAUGCUCUCAAUGACGAAUGAUUAGUUGUUGGAUCCCAACAUGAUUUUACAUCUGAUGCGCCGAGUGAUUUGAGGCGUUGCCGCUGUGUAAAAACUGUUGCUUUGGAUAGACAGGAGUUUGGUCUAACUUGAAUCCUCGCUUCGAAGGUUGGCAGUAUCUGAGUGGCCGCAUAACUUUCACGUGACAAAUCGUUGUCAAGAGCUACGCCACGAGAAUCGAACUGAACACCGGAUUGAUGCAUAUCAAGGGGUUACAUUCAGCUUUGUUUCUCAAUUUACCAGUCAUAUAGCCUGUCGCCUAUGUUUGAUAGUAAUUGCAUGUGUAGAUCCAACUCUUUACGUACGCUAACCUCCUGAUAUGAGACUCUACUGUGUGUGACCCCUUGAUACACUAUCCCCAAUACUGACUUGGUUCAUGACGCUCUGAACUAUCACUUACGAGCCCCUCUUAAUUUAUCAACAGAAUUAUGUGUUCUCAAUUGCAACUGAAUUCAUUCUGCUACAACACUGUGCCUUUAGAAGCAUGAUCCUCGGUGUAUCACAUGUCCUCCCGAUCUAUCCAUACAUUUUCAUGUGCUCUCAUAUCCAAAGUAUUAGAAUAAAUAAGAGUUACGACAUAUUAAGUACGAUCGCAGACAAGGCUCACCCUUCUACCUCAAAGAAUGCUUGUUCGUCUUAACAAUCAUUGUGCUUCUCUCUAUCCUUUUUACUAUCCUUGUUUCCCAUCUUUCUCCUGCUUUUCCUUCUCAUAUUUUCCUUGCUUUUCCUUCUUAUCUUUCUUUUCUUUUUCCUUCUUAUCUUUCUCUUCUUUUUCCUUCUUAUCUUUCUCUUCUUUUUCCUUCUUAUUUUUCUCUUCUUUUUCC